AUGGCGGUUAACAGGCUUAGUAAGAGUAAGGAUAAAUUGUUAGAGAAGAAAAUAUACAAAUCAGCACUUCUUGAAACAGUCGAAGUUUUGAACAAGAAGGCGGACGAAAAAGACUUGAGUAACAAAAAGAAACGCAAAGCAACUGAUGAAGAUGCAUCGGGUGAAAACGGCGUGCCGUGGAUUAUUAAAAAGCCAAAGACCGAUCCAUAUAAGACAACAGCAAACAAACAGAGAAGAAAUCAAGAAGCAAAGGAAAUGCGUAUUCAAAAGAGAAAAAACAAGCAGGAGUCUAAGAAUUCUGAAAGUGUCGAAAGCGAAGAACAUUCAAGAAAAACAAGAAAAGAAAGGAAGCAAGAAAAGAUAAAUGGAAGAGGCAAUGGAAUAUCAUCCAAAGAGUACUAUGAAAAGUUUGUGAAGAAAUCAAGCGGCAUAAGCAUUCAGAAUUCACACAAAUCCAAUAAAAAUCAAAACUCAGAUUCAAAUAAUGAGAAAUUCAACAGAGAUGGAUUUGCUUCCAAACGCAAAACAGACUUUCCAACCAAUACCAAAGGGCGUCAUGGAUCAAAAUCAAACGAUAAAAAAAGAAGCAUAAAUCAUAAAAAGAGGAGAGAAUAUUAG